AUGAGCUUGCAGAGGGCUGGCUUCAUGAGGCCUCUGUUGUUCUUUGUGGAUGAUGACACGCCAGACAUGGUGCAGAGCAUCCUGCUUGAGAGCAGCUGGGACCAGGGGCAGAAGGUGGAGAAUUGGCACCUGUACAAGAGGACCUCCUCCUUCCAGAUGGCAGAAUGCAUCAAUGUCAAGACAUGGCAGUGACUGAACUACCCCCUGGGCAUCACCGAGCUUGCCAGGAAGAACCAUCUGGACAGACACCUGGAGCACGUGAAGAGGUGGUAUGGUGAAUCCCUUUAGGAAUUCACCCUCCUGAUGAUUGUCAUGCCCAUGUCGGUUCACGGCUGAGCUCAGGAGAAGCAGAUACCAAGGACUAAGCACAACUAUUGCAUUUGCAAGCAGGCCAAAUUAUCUCACUGGAGAGGGAUAAUAAUUUUCAGCAACAUUAAAGAUCUAAUCUUUGAUGACAUAUAUAGAGUCCAGAAAUAUAUCUGCAACUGUUGACUUGUUGGUAGGAGCUUUAAGCCUUUGACAACUUAUAUGUAUCAGGAAAGGUUAGUAUGGUUUGCCACAGGUUUGACACUCACUAAUUCGCAAGACUGCUUUGCCCAUCUGACUAAUAGCAGUGUCUAUAAAUCAGGAGCCUCCUAUGAGCAGAUCAAAGAGGUGGUUGAUCAUGGGUGCAAAUGGACCCUCAGCCAGUUCUUCUCCUACCUUCUUAACCAGGAUGUGGAUGACCUGCUGUUGUGGCAUCAAAUCCUCCCUGUGAUUAUCCUCACCAUCUUCACCAUGGCCCCAUCAGUGUCCUUUACUGUCAAUUGCUUUGAGCUCUUUUGGUUAUAUAUUUUGACUGAUGGUAACUUGAAACUGCUUUUAGAAGUCAACCUUGUCCUUGCAUUGUUCUUCACAGAUACAUUGGUGAAGAGGAAACUUGUCCUUGAUAUGACUGAAUCGGUUUGCUUAAAUGGUCUGAGAAAUGAGGAGAAGGAAUGCAGUAAAGCUACAAAUGGACAUUCCAAUGUCUCCUUUGCCAAUAUUGAUAAUCAGCUCAGCAGAGUGCACAACUCUUCCCCCCAUGAAUAUUCGCUAGGCUGGCUGAUCUCCAAGCAGGCAACUUUGAUCAUUUUUCCUUUCAAUGAAAUUACUUUUUGAGUUUCCACAAAUGGACUAAAUGUCAAAAUAAUCCAAGAUCUCUAGAAACUAGUGAAUAAGUAA